AUGGAAGGCGUCCAUGCUCAUGAGGUGGACGUCAGUUGGAUGGCCCAUGGGCCUGCCAAAGUGCUCCUCCAUCUCAACAUUCUCUACCCCUUGCUCUCCUUCCAGUCCAUCACUAUCGUCUGGACGCUUGCAUCCAGAUAUAUUCGUAUCCGUCUCUUGGAGAUCAUCAUUAACAUGGCUACCUGCAACAGACAGAGCGGCAAAGUCAUCAACCUCUACCUCUAUCAAGACAAAAACUACCCCUCGGGUGUCAGCCCAACCCCGCCAGCCCAUCGGUACACCUCUUCCUCCAACCACGACGACGGCGACAUCAACAACUACCGCGGUUUCUGCACAGCGAAAGUCUCCCAGCCCGCCACCAGAGUCUCCAACCAGCAACGGCACUGUUCCAAACGCUGGCGCGACGGCCGCUAA